CGAUUUACAAGUGGCACAUCUCUAUCAAUUUGUUACUUAAAUAUAAAACAUUGUCAUUAGUUUGCUUUGGAACAUGAAAAGAGUAUAUGAAACCGGACUCCCGAGGAAUCCCCCUAAAAACAGGAUGCUGUUGGCCAGGAAGAAGCUCAAAGCGAAGGACCCAUCGAAGCUCCACGAGGAGCCAACUCCUUCAAAGAAGCCAAAAGCUAAGGCCAAGCUACAAUCGAAGGUAAAGAGCAAAGGAAAGGGAAAGGGGAAGGAAAAGGAAAAGGGGAAGGAGAAGGAGAAGAAGAAGGCAAAGGAGUUCGGAUCGAGCAGCUCCUUGGUGGAACGAGGCAGUGGCGACGGACCCCGUCAGGUGGCGGAGCAGCCCAGCUUGGUGGCGCUCCACUUCAUGGACAUCUCGCUGCGCCACUCGGACAUCCAGCUGCUCCAAUCGCCGAAGGAGGGCGUCAAUGAGCGCCUGGUUGGCUUCUACUUUGCGUAUCUCCAGCAGCGGCGUUACCGCUCCGAGACGGACCUGUACUUCCUCAAUCCGGCUGUGACCGCCCGACUGCGCCACAUGGACAUGCGGCAACUGUGGGCACUCGUCCGCGAACGGCGCCUCCACGAGCGGCAGUUCAUCCUCCUGCCGCUGGCCACCCAUCCGAGAGCCCACGGACACUGGUCUCUGUUGUUGAUUUCCCGGCCGGACGGCAAGUUCUACCACUUUGAUUCGCUGGACAACUGCCACUCGCCUUUGGCCGCCGCGGUUUCGGAAACUUUGCGAGCGCCCCUCCAAGCCUGGAAGUUCGUCCUAGUGACCGGUCGCUGUCUACAGCAGCAGCAGGAGCAGUCGUCCCCCAACAAGGAUCCGACCUCCGGCAUCCACCUGAUGUGCAUGGCCGACCACGUGGCCGACUACGUUGCCCGCUGCGGAUAUGCCACCAGUUCGCUGCUCAUCUCCUGGGAUCAAAUCGCCGCAAUGCGCAGCCACCUGCUCGAGCUGAUCCUCUCGCUCGGAGGCAUCCUGCCCCCCAAAAAGGGACGCUAAAGCGGGAUUUCUAACCCCAAGACGCCCCAAGUUCAGUUGACUUUUAUUUGUUGCAGCAAAAAUUAACGAGAAUCGAUUAAAGCCAUUGCAAAUUGUAGAGAAAUGGUUCUUAAUACGCCACCAACUAAUACAUAAAUUAAAUUGAUUUUAAAUCGGA